GCACCAUAAUCAUGAAACAAUUCCAUGCAGCUACCAAGAAUUAUCAACACUAUCUUGGCCUAUUCUCUUCCUGCAAAGAUUUGAAGUCCCUGCUUCAAAUCCAUGCCCAAUUAAUAGUCUCAGGUCUCCAACAACACUCUUCCACACUGACCCAUCUCAUAAAUUUCUACUCUUCUUUCCAAAGAUGUAAUUUUGCGCGCUCAGUUUUCAAUUCUGCGAGAAACCCAAGUGUUAGAUUAUGGAACUACAUGAUCAGAGCUCAUACCAGAGCAAAAGAAUUCAAACAAGCUCAAGAAAUGUACCAUUCUUUGUUAAGGCAAGGUCUAGAGCCAGACAAGUAUACCUUUAACUUUGCCCUGAAGGCUUGCACUGCUGCAUUGGAUUUUGAAGAGGGUGUAUUGGUGCACCGUGAAGUAGAGCGUAAGGGGUUAGAGUAUGAUGUGUUUAUUGGGACCAGUCUGAUUGAUAUGUAUUGUAAAAUGGGGGAGGUGAAAUGUGCAGGAGAGGUGUUUGAUAGAAUGCCUGAGAAAGAUGUUGUGGCAUGUAAUGCUUUGAUUGCCGGGUUAGCGAAAAGCGAGGAUCCUAAUGAAGCAGUGGAGUUAUUUAGGAGGAUGCAAUGUUGGGGGAUGGGGGUGAAUUUAGUGAGCUUGUUUAACUUGGUUCCAGCAGUGUCUAGAUUGGGAGAUAUUGAUUCUUGUAGGUGUAUUCAUGGGUAUGUGGUUAGGAGGGAGUUGGGUUUAGAGGUUUCAAAUGGGUUGGUUGAUAUGUAUUGCAAGUGUGGAGAUGUGGAUGUUGCUCGCAGGGUUUUCGAGAUGGUGCAGGGUGGUGAUGAUGAUGGUGGUGUUUUGUGGGGGACAAUGAUGGCGGGGUACGCGAGUAAUGGAUGUUUUGUUGAGGUUUUGGAGUUGUUUGAUUGCUUGAAAGGGGAGGGGAGUAGAAUGAAUAAGGUUUGUAUCAUGAGUGCACUUUUGGCUGCUACUGAGAUGAGAGAUUUGGAGAAAGGGAGGGAGAUCCAUCUUUGUGCUUUAGAAGUAGAAGUCGAUUCUGAUGUUUCGGUUGCUACUUCUAUAAUGACCAUGUAUGCAAAAUGUGGAGAAAUAGAGAAGGCAAUGCAAUUGUUUGAGAGACUUGGGGAAAGAGAUUUAGUUGCUUGGUCUGCACUUAUAUCUGCUUGCGUCCAGUCUGGUUAUCCUGAAGUGGCAUUGUCUCUCUUUCGAGAUAGGCAGAAUGAAAAUCUCAAACCAUGUGGCAUAACAUGGGUCAGCGUCCUUGCAGCAUGUGGGGAGCUUUCAUAUCUGAAAUUUGGUAAGAGCAUACAUUGCUAUGCUGUUAAGGCCGAUAUUGAUUCUGAUAUUUCUACUGGGACAGCCCUAGUCUCCAUGUAUGCUAAAUGUGGAUUCUUUACUCCUGCCUUGAUUAUAUUCAACAGAAUGCCAUCUAAGGAUGUUGUGACGUGGAAUGCACUUAUAAAUGCAUAUACCCAAAUAGGUGAUGUCUACCAUGCUAUUGAUAUGUUGGAUGAGUUAUGGUUGUCUGGAAUAAAACCUGAUGCAGGAACGAUGGUGGGUAUGGUCUCGGCUUGUAGCUUAUUAAAUGAUCUAAAUCAUGGUACUUGUAUUCAUGGACGAAUUAUAAAGAAUGGGUUUGAACAUGAUGCACCUUUGAAAAAUGCUCUUAUUGGCAUGUAUUGCAAAUGUGGUGACAUUUCGUCAGCUGAAUUUCUAUUUAAUAGAACAAAAUUAAUGAAAGAUGUGGUAUCCUGGAAUGUAAUGAUUGCAGGAUACAUGCAGGGUGGAUAUGCCAGGGAAGCUAUAUCUGUGUUUCACCAGAUGAAAUUAGAGAACUGUCAGCCUAAUUUAGUCACAUUUGUUAGCAUCCUUCCUGCAGUGGCAUAUUUAGCAGCAUUACGAGAGGGCAUGGCUUUUCAUGCCUGCAUUAUCCAGAAUGGGUUUCUAUCUAAUACACUUGUGGAAAAUAGUCUUAUUGACAUGUAUGCUAAAUGCGGACAGCUCGAUCAUUCAGAAAAAUGCUUUGAAGAGAUGGAACUCAAGGACAAAGUUUCAUGGAACGCAAUGCUUGCAGCGUAUGCAAUGCACGGACAAGGGGAUCAUGCUAUUGCACUUUUAUCGCUGAUGCAAAAGAGCUGUAUCCAACUUGAUUCUGUGUCAUUCAUCAGUCUCUUGUCUGCCUGCAGACAUGCGGGUUUGAUAAAAGAAGGAAAGGAAGUUUUUCAGGUCAUGUGUGAAAAGUACCAUCUUGAACCAGAGUUGGAACAUUAUGCUUGCAUGGUAGAUCUUCUAGGCCGUGCUGGUUUCUUUGAUGAAGCUUUAGAUUUGAUUAAUACGAUGCCCAUGGAACCUGAUGCCGGAGUCUGGGGAGCAUUUUUAGGGGCAUGCAGGAUGCAUUCAAAUGCAAAGUUGGGAGAAGUUGCGUUGAGUCAUCUUGUUAACCUUGAGCCUACAAAUGCAACCAAUUACAUAGCUUUAUCAGAUAUACAUGCACAUUCUGCUAGAUGGGGGGAUGCUUGCAAGACAAGAUCAAAGAUGAAGAGCUCUGGGUCGAAGAAAAUGCCAGGAUGUAGUUGGGUAGAGGUCCAAAACAGGGUUCAUACGCUACAGGCGGGUGACUACAACUACCCCCAACUUGGAAAAGAGAGCUGAGAGCUGAAUGCAAGUUAAUCGGCGUAUUCUAUAGGUCAUUACAGAGAGCAGUUGACAGAAGAAUUUAUCUUCUUAUCUAUGGUAACCCAUAUGGAUCUCCUACUGGAGUCUGGCAUUUUCCAGAAAUAGCUUACGAGUCUGAGGGGACAUUGUGGAAGGUGAUGGCUGUUAUAUGAUGCCAUAUAUUCUCUUUUUCCUCUUCUCCUUCCACAUAAAUCACAUUUGGCUUUGUUAAGAUAUAUCCCAUUAUUUUCAGUCUGCAGGAUCUACAUAAGUCUGUCCCACACAUAUAUUUUUUGGAAAUACUCUUAUGGGCCCUUUGCGAUGGAGUUAUCAGAGAAUUUGACCUAUUCUUACUCUCCAUCUUUUAAGCAAUUCCUUCUUAAGUCUCAAGUGAAUGCGGUGAAGAAGUUAAAAAGUGGGAAGUGUGAGGAUUCUGUUUGGGUGACCAAGGAUGGAUUGAUGGAAUGUUUUCCCGAUCUUGAAGUUUCAUUUUGUGAAUGUGCCUAGCUUUUUCUACCAUACUUUCAUCAGAUUGUGCAUAAAGAUAUACCAGUGUGUCGUUUGUCAUACAGAGGCUGAAAAUCUCGUAAAUGAUCAAUCAGGAUUCAGGAGUCGGGCACUAAUUUUUGGAACCCCACGUGACGAGCUAGGAGCUAAAAGUUUUGCUAUUUACUUGCUGUAGUAUGCUCCCAUUUAAGCUUUUCAAGUCAUCUUGAACCAGCAGAUGAGUUGGAACAUUAUGCUUGUUUGAUAGAUAGAUCUUGUCAACCCUGCUUGUUUAUUCAGUGAAGCUUUAGCUAUAAUUAAUUCAGCAGCGAUGAAGCUUGAUGCCGGAGUAUAGGGGAGCGUUAUCAGGGGAAUACAGUGCAUUGCAAUGUGAAGUUGGGAGUAGUAGCGUUGAGUCAUCUUGUUAAAGCUUUAUCCUUCAAAUGCUACUAAUUACUCAUCUUUAUCAGGUAUACACGCGCAUUCUGCUGUGAUGAAUAGCCAUGAUCGAAAAAAAGGCCAGGAUGUAGUUGGGUGAGGGUCCAAAGGAGGCUUCAUACAUUUCAGGCAGGUGACUACAACUAACCCCGACUUGGAGCUGAGAGCUAAGAGCAUGUGAGUUUGCUCUGGAAAAUUUUACAAAGAUCGCCAGGACCUAAGAGAGCUGCACAAUGCAGAUUAUCAUACAAUGUGUGUGGAACGAGUACUCGGGCGUAGUUGAAAGGAGGUCUGAAGCUUUGCAAUGUUGCUGAAAUUCCCAAUUUCAUUCAGGCAGAUAAGUGGUUUUAGUCUAACUGAAUGGCAUAACAAAGAUAUUGAUGAUCGAUAGAGGGGCAUGAUUUGGUGACUUGGCCCUUGUUAAGAAUUCGGGUCAGUAAGAGAAGAAGUUGGAGAGGUACUAAAAACAUGACUUCACAGUUUAUUGAAAAUCCGAAUACACUCACAUGAUGUUGUCUUA